CAGUGAAGGCCACACACCUUCACCUUGAUUUGCAUAAUAUGAUUAACCAGUACUAGUAUUGGCUAUGUCAGUGCUUACAUACUUACUUUAGAAACCUGGUUCUGGCACCAGCUUGGGAAAGAAAUUAUUAGAUCUGGCAGAUGGUUUGAGGAAAGAAAAGAGAAUUUUCUCCUAGCCAAAAUGAAAGGCACGCAAGCCAGUCAGAAAACUUCGGUGGCCCUGCAGAGUGAACUUCAUGAGCAGGAAGAUAAAAUGAAGAAUCAAACACAAAGAAAAGAUACCCAAGACAGUCUCCUAAUGACACAGAGAUCUUUAGCACAUUUUUUUUCGACAGCAAAUUCAGAUACAACGCUAUCAUUUCCAUGGUCAUUAUCCUAUGAAAUGCCUCUUGAUUACACUCUGUCUAGCCCUCACUUUAGUGGACUAACUGUAUCAACAAUUGGGCAGAAGACUCCUAAAACUACAGGAGUGGGACUUUCCAGAUCAGAAAACAGCUUGGGAAUCAACAGCUCCAUAAUGACAAGGAGACAGGCUCUGCCAUACCUUGCUCCUGAGAUACCAGUAACUGGGGAAGGAGAAGAUUACUUCCUAUCUUUGUUUGGCGAUACAAAGAAACUUCUUUCACACUCACCCCCUGCAGAGAAAGCCUGGAAACACUUUUCUAUGAUUCUUGAAGAAGUAGGCCAAUCUAGAUCCAGUGCUCUUGGAGACAUUAAAAUAGCUGAAGUGAAUGUCAAGGGUUUAUUUGUGAAACUCAUUAACUCUUCCCUUGACAAAGAAUUGGAGAUUGGAGGUCAUAUUCUCCAGCAAAAUGUGAAUGGACAAACAGUCUCUUUUUACCGCUUCCUUCCAAAUAUCACAAUGCAGGCCAAUUGCACAGUAACAGUGUGGGCAGCUGUAUCUGAAGCAAAGCAUCAGCCACCAUCAGAUUUUCUUUGGAGAGAACAAAACAAGUUUAGAACAAGCCCAAACUGUACAACGAUUUUGUGCAAACCUAAUGGUGAAGCUGUUGCCUGGUACACUCCUAUUCACUGGAAGCAAGCGUGGGAGAAAUUAGAGACUGACAUUGAAUUUGACAGACGCUCAGUUGUAAGUCCAACAUCUCAAAGACACAUGUUUAGUUGGCCAGCAGCUGUAACUACAACUAAAGAAAAACAAGAUAAAUGUAAUAAAGAUAAUUCAAAAUGUCAGAUGGAGCAAGUUAAAGUUUUUCUUAGAAGAGAAAUUGAAAACCGACCAAGCCCCUUUCCCAAUAGCAGCCCUUGGUGCCACAGUCCCAGUGCCCCUGCACACCCCUACAGUCCUCUGAUUGAAACUUGCAGUACGUGUGUGGCUGGAAGCGGCUUAGACAGACACCGAAGGCCUAAGUCAUCCAGGCCUGAUCGAGCCCAGUAAGAGUCACACUGCAGUGGUCCUGGUCCCUGCUGGGGCUGUUUGUACCAUUUUGGAUGGGCUCUAGCCAAGGGCAUAUUGGAUGAAGGAAG